AUGGGUAUUUGGGUAUAUGACUCUGAAUCGGAGCAAGUGAAACCGGAAUCUCCGUCUUCUGUUAAGACUAAGAUUUUCAGGCUUUUUGGGCGAGAAAUACCAGUUCACCAAGUUUUCGGUGGAGGAAAACCUGCCGAUGUGCUAUUGUGGAGAAACAAGAAGAUUUCAGCAAGCUUUCUUGGGAGUGUGACAGUAGCUUGGAUCUUCUUUGAAUUGCUCGAAUACCAUCUACUUACUCUUGUUUGUCACAUUUUGAUUGCUGCACUUGGUCUCUUGUUCUUGUGGUCAAAGGCACAUACCUUUAUCAACAAGAGUCCACCUCGCAUCCCACAAGUACAGAUUCUGGAAGAUCCAUUUCUUCAGGUUGUUUCUGCUCUUACUAUUGAAAUCAAUCGGGGUUUUGCAGUCUUACGUGAUAUUGCAUCUGGAAAGGACUUGAAAAAGUUUCUCAUGGUUUGUUAUUUUCCAUCAAGUUUAUGUGAGAUUGAAAUAUCCAUUUUUAAGUUAAUGUUGCUUUAAUGUGUUCAUUUGCUUUAUUGAAAUAUAUAUUUUCCAUCAAGUUUGUUAUUUUUAGGAGAUAAUUCAUUUGCUCUGUUAGCAAGAAUUUGACAUGCGAAGAGAUAUCACAUCUAAAGGGUUGGUUCGAUGGGGAGAAACACAUUACAGCAACCACAGGUUUCCAAUGGUGGACUCGUUCCAUGAACAUCUAACUGUAUUUGAAGUGGUUCCCUUGGCUAAGCCUCUGGACAACAUUGGCUUAAAGAUAGACACUCCUCCAGCGGCGCCUGAGAAGGACAAAUUGAUCGUUCUGGUUAGUCUUUUUGUUUUUCUUUUUUCUGAUUCUUUGUUUGAAAAUGUAUUUGAUUCGCUUCAAUUGUUUUAAGAUUUUUUCUUAGUUAGUUCCUUUUAUAAAACACAUGCAUGAGAUGAUUUUUCCUUGAAAUCAUGUAGAUCAGGUAGAGUGAAAAAUGUUUGUGUGAAACACAGCAACACAAACUUGUGAUUAGAUAUGGGAAAGUGACAACUGAUUAGGUAGAGGUAAAAAUGUUUUAUAAGAUGUCAUAGUAUUCAUGAUUGAUUAUCUUUAGUUGCUUGUUUUCUUUGUUAGUAUUGGUUAAUCAGAUUAAAAGUAGUAUGUACUUCAUUAGCACUAUAAAUUGACUUUUAUUUAAAAUACCAUACGAUAUAGAUUGGAUUUAAAGGUAGAAUAAGGGUUAGAGGGAAGGAUUGUGGAAAGAGAAGGAUGAUUCUAUUUUGGUGAGAGGAUGGGUUAGGGUCUGAUGAGAUCUUCCCCUAACCCACAUUCAGUAGAUCUUUUAUAAUAAUUGGUAUCGAUCUUGUAUACAAUAUAAAUUAUAAUGGUGUCUUUGGAUAUUAAAAUAACAUUAUUAUAUUAUUUAGAUUGUUGUCUAUGCAUGUGGUAGUCGUACUUGUAGAUAGGCACUUUGCAAGUCAUUCCUAAAUUGCCAACAGAGUUAUUUAUCUGACUCAUAGCUCAUUGUUCUCGCUUCACACUUCAUAGUAGUUCCUUGUGUUUGUUCUACUAAUUGGGCUCCAUUUAAAUUUGCUGCUUAUGUUGUAUUAUUGUUUUUGUGCGUUAGUGUUCUCAUGUAUAGAUUAUCGUACUACUGCAUUCUGAUAUUUUUUAUUGGUAUUACAGAUUUGAUAAUCAGAUAAGAACUAAGUAGAGAAAGCACUCAAAUCCAAGUUUAUGCAGGGACUAUUACAGUCUACUUCAUGGAUAAUGACUUAUAAAUAGAGAAUAAGUUUAUAAGCAAAGGCCUCCCACUUCAUUAAUUUAGAAGAGAGCCAGUAUACCUUUGUUGUGUUUUUAUAGAUCUUACGAAUUCGAUGAAAUGCAUAUUAUAUAAAAUCAGCUGCAUAUUAUAUAAAAAAUUUCUACACUAUGUAUUAAUAAAUAUUCUAUGUAUCCUUUUAUCUAGAGAUCUUCAACUAUAUGCCUUUUAAUUCAAAUAUAUGCCCCUAUAAAAAAAAAAAAAAAAAAAGGUCAACUAUAUGCCCUUUCCAAAGAUUUUGGGCCUUUUUCAAUAGUGUUUUCUUUUAGAUAUUUUUUCUUAACACUUCAUUUAACAAUUCAUCCCUUUAAUUAUCAAAAUUAUCAAAACUGUUAGCUUUUUUGUUAAUUUUGAAAAUUUCACACUUUUUUUUCUUUCAUUUAACAAAACUUGUCACAUAUUUUUCUCUUUUUUAAAAAAUAUAAAUAUCAACACUUUACUCAUUAUUUGACUUUCAAUUUCAUAAAUUAACUAUUAUUA